AUGUCUACAUAUGUCAGACAUUCUCAAUUCAGAGCCGCCCAUAGGGUGAUCUCCAUCCAAUGGAGGGCCUGUAUUCAACAGCGCCGCUCUCUUCAUCAAGCUGGUACAGAGCCAGCCUCUUCAACCGGGAACGGAGUGCCUAUUGAAACUAUUCGCCUAGCUGUCAAAGACAAUAUCUCUGCCACAGGCUUCCCGACAACAUGCGCAUCAAAGAUUCUCUCAGGGAAUAUGAUCCCUUUUGAUGCUACCAUUGUUAGGCAAUUAAGGCAGAGGGGCGCCAGUGUGACCGGGAAGUGCGGUAUGGAUGAGUUCGGCAUGGGCACGCACUCUACGACAUCUGCAUUUGAAACCGUCCAUAAUGUAUGUGGACUGGAGAAAUACUCGGCUGGGGGGAGCUCAGGAGGUAGUGCCGUCGCUGUAAGAAAGGGAGAAGCAGAGCUGGCACUUGGAACUGACACGGGAGGCUCCGUUCGCAUGCCCGCCGCUUAUACCGGCGCCGUUGGAUUUAAACCAUCAUAUGGCAUGCUGUCUCGAUGGGGUGUUGUUCCCUACGCAAACUCACUAGAUACGGUAGGGUUGCUUGCCAGGAAUGUGGGACCUAUAGGCUCAGCAAUCAUAGGACAGGGCCUAUACUUGGAGCAUGAUCAUAACGAUCCAACAUCUAUUCCGUCUUCGGUUCGAAGAAGGUGUACGGCUGAGCGAAGAGGCUAUGGGUCCUGGAAUCCAAUUCAGGAGGGUGCGGUAAAAGGCUUGACUUUUGGUAUACCGAUUGAAUAUAACAUCGAAGAACUCGAUUCGCGCAUACGCCAAGGAUGGUUUACAGCAGCCCAGAAGAUUGAAGAGUUGGGAGGGCGAGUCAUCCCAGUAUCACUCCCGUCAACGAAAAACGCCCUUUCCGCAUAUUACGUAAUAGCACCGGCUGAGGCCGCAUCCAAUCUUUCCAAAUAUGAUGGUAUUCGGUACGGGCAGCGAAACGAGGAGCAAGUCAGUGAUUCUUUCGAAGGGAUUUUAUACGCAAAAACAAGAGACACCGGAUUCGGAAGCGAAGUCAAACGUCGUAUUCUGCUGGGUUCAUACACUCUCAGCUCCGAAGCUAUAGACAAUUACUUCAUACAGGCCCAAAAAGUCCGCCGCCUCGUCAAAAGAGACUUCGACCGUAUCUUUAAGUUAUCAAAUCCGCUGGAAGAUCAGCAGCCAUUCGACCUAAGCGAGAUGGAAGAUACAGUACAGCUCGAAAACAAGUUCGGACCCGCGCAAGUCGACUUCCUGCUGUGUCCUACCGCACCCACAACCCCACCCUUACUUGAGGAUGUUAUGAAACAGACUCCUCUGGAUUCCUACAUGAACGACGUCUUCACCGUCCCAGCCAGCCUUGCGGGCCUUCCCGCAAUCAGCAUCCCUAUGGAUAUACUAAUCGAUAGCACCAAAGAAGAGGAAAAGCUACUGAACUUUGGUGGCCUCCAGCUUAUUGGACAGUAUUGGGACGAUGCGCGGCUGCUUUCCGUAGCUGAGGUUUUGUCACCCCAUGUUUUGCAACGAAAGCUCUUCUAG